UAAUGGUUUAACCAGAAAAAAUAUUGAGUUCGAUUGCAGAAGAUGCCAUAUCCAGCUUCGCCUUUCAAUGAAGAUUUUAACUUGGAUAUUUUAACCGAAUUGAAAGAUGGUCACCAAAAUGUCGGUUCUAGUGUGAUUCAACUUGAAAACCUCCAAAAAACAGUAAAAUGGUUAUGCACUUUUCCAAAAGUAACUACUUACAGAAUUAAUGGACUGAAGAUUGAUAACGGAUCUGUUUUGUCGAGUAUUCAGAAUCAACUAGAGCUGUCGAAAUGUGAGUUGAAUGCUGAACUACACUCUUCUAUCCCUGAUAUGAUAUUUAUAAGGCAUUUGGAUACAACUCAAUUAAGUUUAAAUAAAUUUCGGCAAGAAGUGGUAGUAGACAAUGAUUGCGGGGCCGCAGUUCUGAGAGGGUCACAUAUUUACGCGCCUGGCGUCUUGGGAAUGGUUGCUGGCACCCAAUUAAACGAUGCAGUCAGCAUUUAUGUCGACAUAGAAAAAAACUGCAAAAAAGGAUUUCAAAAAAUAUACGAGGGCAAGAAAGUGUUUAUAGGAAACGGUUUAGUUAAAAUUGUCAGAAAGAAUUUAUUUGGAGAAAAUCUAACCCCAAGUGGAAUUGCUGUUCAUGUUACCGAAACCAUUUCGGGAUGUCCGUCCAUACCCAAAGACUGUUUGCCACCAGAUUGGGGACUUUUACAAAACACGCCCUCUAUAAUUUGCGUUCUUAACUUGGGGCCUAGGCAAGGCGAAGUAGUGCUUGAUAUGUGCGCAGCACCUGGCAACAAAACUACGCAUAUCGCGUCGAUUAUGAAGAAUCAGGGUAAAAUUAUUGCAAUUGACAAGACACCGAAAAAAGUUGAACAGCUGGAGAAAAACUGCAUUAAGUUUGGUGCCAAAGUAAAAUGUUUUCAAGCCGACUCGACUAAAAUUUUAACUUACGAAAAUGAUGUUUCUGCAGGAAUUGAGAGUGGACCUCCUUUUUCUCCAGAGUCUUUUGACAAAAUUCUUUUGGAUGUACCAUGUAGUGCGUUAGGAAAGAGACCGCAGUUUCUUAACUCGGUCUCAGAGAAAGUUCUUCGGUCUUAUGUGCCUCUUCAGAAAAAAUUGUUUAGAACGGCCGUACACCUUUUAAAAGUAGAGGGUACUUUAGUGUACAGUACUUGUACAAUAACUCUUUCAGAAAAUGAAGGGAUGGUAGCCUGGGCACUGAGCACCUUUAAUUGUCUCAAACUUAUUUCACCGACUCAUCACUUAGGCCGUCCUGGUUGGGAAGGCAUUACGUUAAGUGAGGAUGAGAGACAAAAGGUACAGAGAUUUGGACCCGAAGCAGAGAAUCCCGUAAUGGAUUCCGUCGGAUUUUUUAUCGCCUGUUUUAGGAAAACGUGUAAAAUAAAAAACUAG